AUGUCAAGACAAGCUUGUAAUAUUUUUAACUUAAAAGACUUUCAUAACAAUAUUGACAAUAUUUUUAUAAAUUAUAAUCCUUGUGAAAAUGAUUUUAUACUUGAAAGUGAUGAUGAUGAAAAAAAUCCAGAUGAACAA